AUCAAGCGUACAACUUGGUACGAAACACGUGUAUACGUGUACAUAUAUGCGUGCAUGCAUAUGACGUGCAUAAAAAAAUAUGGAACGAUUUUGUGCAAUUUACAUGAUUUAUUCUUGCCUAUCACGUAUCGAUUUUUUACAUAUUUUUUAUUGCAAUUUAAGUGAUCUUAUAAUGUUGCUACUGCGAUGUCGAUUAAAAUAAUUUUUACUAAAUAUGCACAGAAUUUCUUAUACAAAUACAUAUAAGCAUUGUAAAUGUUAUAAUAGACAAUGUUACAACAGAAGUGUCAUUUAACUAUAAAAUCAAGCUCAUGCCUAAGCUCAACACGGCUUAGUUGACUUUACUUCACGUAAGACUGUGGAUGCCUGUCGACACUGUGGCAAUCAUGGAUUUUUUUGUUGGUGUAGAUGUGGGAACAGGAAGUGUUCGAGCAGCUCUAGUUACCUUGAAUGGUAAGAUAAAGAAGGUGGCUACAUGUCCACUUGAAAUAUUUCAUCCUGCUCCAAACUUCUAUGAACAAUCCUCUGAUAACAUUUGGAGCGCUGUAUGCCAUGUUGUCAAGUCGGUUGUUGCCGAAAUUUCCGCGGAAGACAUUAAAGGAAUUGGCUUUGAUGCUACAUGCUCAUUGGUGGCAAUAGAUAAAACAGGAUCACCAGUAACAAUCAGUCUUUCAGGACAGGAGAAACAAAAUGUCAUAUUAUGGAUGGAUCACAGAGCGCAUGAAGAAGCUGAUUUCAUCAAUUCUACAGGUCAUGAAAUAUUGCAAUAUGUAGGUGGCAAAGUUUCUCUUGAAAUGCAAACACCAAAAAUGUUGUGGCUCAAAAAGAAUUUACCUGCUUCUUGGAACUCUGCAGCAUUGUUGUUUGAUUUACCAGAUUUUUUAACAUGGAAAGCCACUGAAUCAGAAUCCCGAUCGUUAUGUUCGUUAGUGUGCAAGUGGAACUAUAGUGCCAAUCCCAAUGGUAAGAACGAAUGGAACGAGGACUUCUUUGAGCAACUUAAUUUACGGGAUCUGAAAAAAGACAAUUGGAGAAAAAUAGGUAAUGAUGUAAGAGUGCCUGGUGAUGCGAUUGAGCCUGGAUUGUCGGCGAAAGCUGCGACAGAAUUGGGAUUAUUGAAAGGUACACCAGUUGGAACAUCGCUGAUCGAUGCACAUGCUGGUGGUCUCGGUAUGAUCGGUUGUUAUGCGCCGGAUGUAUCUUCAAAUUUUUCCAAUCGAUUAGCUUUGAUUUGCGGUACUUCGACAUGUCAUAUGAUAGUGAAUGAGAAUAAGAUAUUUGUAAAUGGUGUUUGGGGUCCGUACUAUAGUGCGAUGGUGCCCGGUUUUUGGCUUAAUGAAGGAGGUCAAAGUGCUACCGGAAAGCUAUUGGAUCAUGUUAUCGAUACACAUCCCGCGACACCAGGAAUUCUAAAAUCUUUAGGCGGAAAUAAACAUAUUCAACAAUAUCUGUCCGAAUUAUUGCACGUUAUGGCUGAACAAAAAAAUCUGCAAAACGUAUCUUACUUGACAAAAGAUAUACAUGUGUGGCCAGAUUUUCAUGGUAAUCGUUCGCCUCUUGCUGAUCCAACUCUGAAAGGAAUGAUAUCUGGAUUAUCCUUAUCUGUAGAUCAAGAAAACUUAGCUUUAUUAUACUUAGCAGCAUUACAGGCAUUAACGUAUGGUACAAAACAUAUUAUUGAAACCUUGACGGCUGCUGGUCAUAAUAUCGAGACCAUAUUAGUUUGCGGUGGACUUAGUCAAAACCCACUUUUUAUUCAAAUACAAGCUGAUGUAUUGGCAUUACCAGUACUUUGUCCUGUGGAACGGGAAUCAGUUUUAUUGGGUUCGGCAAUUCUCGGUGCAUGUGCUACAAAAAAAUAUUCUUUCCACGAAACUAUCAAAAGAAUGGCAGGAGUGUCCAAUAUAGUAAAGCCGACGAGUGAAUGUUAUAAAUAUCAUCUUCGGAAGUAUCGUGUAUUUAAGAAAAUGGUCCAAGAUCAACGAGACUAUAGAACAUUAAUGAGCGAAGAAUUAUAAUCUAUUUUUUUCAAUCUUUUAGCCUAAAUGAAUAAUGAUAAUUGUAAUAAUAGGCUGUGUUCGAUUUCAAAUGACCGACUUGUGGAAAUGGAAAUUGAAAUGAAGACAAAUAUUUGAUAAAUUUUUGGAAAGAAUCUCUAUUACAAUUAGAAUGCAAAUAUUGCACAAAUGAAAUGGAUUUAUUGCUGUUGUAAAAUUUUAAAAAUUUUAUUUGAAAGCAUUGUAAGAGAUUUGAAGCAUUUGGAAAGAGAUGAUACUUCACUAGACUAUCAAUAUUGCAUACAAAGUAUCAUCUCCAUUUGUAUUUUCAUUUAGCAUGUCAAAUUAAUUAAAGAUGCUUAUUGUGAUGUUAAUAAUGCUGCACACAAAUCACAUGUACUAUUAUUGAUGAUUCAUACUAGUGCUAUUAUUCUGAUGUAAUGGCGUUUUAACUUGAUAAGAAACUUUGUGACAACAAGCAUUUUCUGUAGUCGAGCUAAUUUUAUGAUUGAAGGAAAAAACAAUACUUCUAUCGCUAUAUAUAUUUUUACAUUCAUUUACUUUUAGGUAUAUCUUGUAAUAUAAAAAUAG